UCUCUCUCCGCGGCCGGAUUAAAGAUGGCGCCCUCUCGUGUGUUGAGAUGCUGUCAGCGGGGCUUAUCGUGGAUCCCUGUUAUCUUCAUUAACCUGGUCGUAUGCUGGUCCUACUACGCCUACGUCGUGCAGCUCUGCAUCUACACAAUCCCUAACCCUGAAGAGCAAGUUAUUUAUCUGGUAGUCUUUCAUGUUUGCUUUGUAAUGUUUAUGUGGUCAUACUGGAAAACUAUCAUUUCCAAGCCCAGCAAUCCUUCAAAGGAGUUCUUUUUGCCGAAGGCAGAAAAGGAGCAAUAUGAAAAGGAGGAGAGGCCGGAAGCCCAGCAGGAGAUCCUCAAGAAAGUGGCCAGAAAUUUACCCAUUUACACUCGUACAGGCUCUGGAGCAAUCCGCUACUGUGACUGCUGUCAGCUGAUCAAACCGGACAGAUGUCAUCACUGCUCUACCUGUGACCAGUGUGUUCUAAAAAUGGAUCAUCACUGCCCCUGGGUCAAUAACUGUGUGGGUUUCUCAAACUACAAGUUCUUUGUGCUGUUCCUGGCGUACUCCAUGCUGUACUGUGUUUUUAUUGCGUCCACCGUAUUGCAGUAUUUCAUCAAAUUCUGGACACUUUGCAGGAGAAGAGCAAUAGAGCAUUGUCCAGAGAAUCAGAUAGACACUCACGCCAAGUUCCACGUGCUGUUCCUCUUCUUCGUGGCAGCCAUGUUCUUCGUCAGCAUCAUGUCCCUGUUCACCUACCACAUCUGGCUCAUCGCCAAGAACAGGACGACUAUAGAGGCCUUCAGAGCGCCGGUGUUCAGAAACGGCCCUGAUAAAAACGGCUUUACUGUGGGCUUCUACAAGAAUCUCACCCAGGUUUUUGGAGACCAAAAGAGAUACUGGUGCUUACCUAUUUACACCAGUUUGGGAGAUGGUUAUACAUUCCCCACUCGAUUAGUCAACCUUGAUUCUGAACAAGGAAAUGUAGACCACCAGGCCGACCCAAAAAGUUCUGUAGACGGCCAAGUCAACAGCAGGCCUCUGAGUGACUCACUGAACCAUCUCCUGAGCAACGAUGUGCAUUCAGAUGAACAGAAGGACAGCAACAGUGCAAAGACUGAUAAUGGUCUGACCGUCACCGUCACUAUGGAGAGUGAGUCUUAAACAUGAUCUUCAGGCCAGGAAAGAGUGUACCAAGGCCAGUCUGAUCACAUUCGGAGCUGUAAACUCAACGUUUAACUCCAGAGACCACAGAGCCAAUCCAAAUGCCUUAAGCUUAGCAGCUCCCAUCGAUCGCCAUGGAAACCGGUAACCAAUGAACACGCAUGUGAAGCAUCAUCCAUGUUACUAUGGACUUUUCUCAUUUCUCAGUACUGUCUCUACUGUACUAAUGGGACCUCUCUCAAUAUCACAUGACUUAUAUACACACACAAUACACACACACACAAUACACACACACAAUACACACACAUACAAACACACACAAACACAAACUCACACACACACACAAUACACACACAAUACACACACAUACAAACACACACUCAAUACACACACUCAAUACACACACAUACAAACACACACAAUACACACACACACAAUACACACACACAAUACACACACAUACAAACACACACAAACACAAACUCACACAAACACAAACUCACACACACACACAAUACACACACAAUACACACACAUACAAACACACACUCAAUACACACACACAAUACACACACACACACAAUACACACACAUACAAACACACACACAAUACACACACACAAUACACACACACACACAAUACACACACAAUACACACACACACUCAAUACACACACAAUACACACACACAAUACACACACACACACAAUACACACACAAUACACACACACAAUACACACACACACACAAUACACACACAAUACACACACAAUACACACACAUACAAACACACACUCAAUACACACACUCAAUACACACACAAUACACACACACAAUACACACACUCACACACACACACAAUACAAACACACACUCACACACACACACACACACACAAUACACACACAAUACACACACUCACACACACACAAUACACACAAUACACACACACAAUACACACACUCACACACACACACAAUACAAACACACACUCACACACACACACACACACAAUACACACACAAUACACACAAUACACACACACACACAAUACACACAAUACACACACACACACACAAUACACACACACACACAAUACACACACAAUACACACACACACACAAUACACACACUCACACACACAAUACACACACUCACACACACACACAAUACACACACAAUACACACACAUACAAACACACACUCAAUACACACACACAAUACACACACACACACAAUACACACACAUACAAACACACACACAAUACACACACACAAUACACACACACACACAAUACACACACAAUACACACACAAUACACACACACACUCAAUACACACACAAUACACACACACAAUACACACACACACACAAUACACACACAAUACACACACACAAUACACACACACACACAAUACACACACAAUACACACACAAUACACACACAUACAAACACACACUCAAUACACACACUCAAUACACACACAAUACACACACACAAUACACACACUCACACACACACACAAUACAAACACACACUCACACACACACACACACACAAUACACACACAAUACACACAAUACACACACACACACAAUACACACAAUACACACACACACACACAAUACACACACACACACAAUACACACACAAUACACACACACACACAAUACACACACACACACACAAUACACACACACACACAAUACACACACAAUACACACACACACACAAUACACACACUCACACACACAAUACACACACACACACAAUACACACACACAAACACAAACUCACACACACACUUUUUUGACCAAAUAAUCCAGUUGAAUUUUUUGUUUGUUUUUGUUUCUUUUAUUUGAACUGAUUUUGGAAAUCUUAUGUUUUUCACUUUGACUUUUUUAAGACAAACCAGAUAAACGAUAAAUGAACUGAUUCUGGAACAGUGAUGGUACUUGAAACACUUAUCUUUUUUUUGUUUGUUGUUGUUUUUUAUUUUUUAUUAUAAAAAUAUUUUUAUCACCAUUAAGUAAAGAAAACAUUGGUGUAAUUAGUAAUAAACACUACAGUCUAAUCAGUGCGCAGAAGAACAAGAGCAGGAUUGUUAGGCCGGUUGAAGGCUAGUUUAUUUUAUUUAUUUUUUUAAUCUAAUCUGUUUGUCACUUUUCUAACAGAUGGUGGUUUUCCAUGCUCAAAAAAAUAAUCCAGUUAUUUAAAAAAAAAAAAACAGAAAAUCUUUUGACUUGAAGCACAGAGAGAAGCCUGUGGGCAAACGCUGAAGUAAAAUGUGAAAUGUUGUUUUUAAAUACUUUUUCUAACUUUCUGUAGAGAUUCAGAGCAGCUUAAUGUUGGAUUAAAUAAUGCAGGAAAGUGUUUCUCUGUUAUCAAGCUCUCUGAAAUGCUUCUUCUUUUGAAUGAGGGCUUAAAACUUUGCUGAAACGCAAAUGAGCAACUUUCUGUUUGUAAUUUGCAUCAGAAUCUGAAGCUGAGAGCGGGUACUAAAUUAUUUCCCAUUAGAAGCUCAUUAAACAGGAUAAAGUCAUCCUCACAUUUCAGCUUCGCUCUUCUGAGACUUUAACAACUGAUUCUGUGGCAUUACUGAACCACCUCAGAGUCUCUUCAGCCCUGAACAAGACCUGCAUUCUUAGAGUUUAUUCAGGAGUUUAUUCUGUUAAUCAAACUAAGCAAAUUUAACUUCUCAUCAGACGUAAUAAAACGGAUAGAAUCCUAUCUUUCGAACUGUUCACAGUCUGUUAGGAUCAGUGACUCCCACUCCCCGCCCCUCGCUCUGUCCACUGGGGUACCUCAGGGUUCUAUUUUGGGGCCUCUGUUAUUUUCACUUUAUAUAAAUGACUUGCCCUCAGCAUACAGAUAUAUGCAGAUAUGCACAUGUAGCUGAAAAACUUCUAAACAAUCUCUGGCCCAUGUCUCUGAAUGGCGUAAAUAACGUAACAACGUAAAUAAAACAGUUUCGAUUUUAUAAUAAAGCAGAUAUUUAUGUGACAGGUGAAAAAUAUAAAAUGAUAAAAUGUGUUGUCUGAAUUUAAGCAUCUACGUAUCUUAACAGAUUCCAAAUUAUUAUUCAUGUUGUUUUGAGGUAGACCAUUUUAAGAUCUGUCCAGAGACAACGGAUGAAAAAAGGCCUUAAGGCUGAUUCUGGUGCAUUUACAGUAAUGUUAAUUAAUGUCCACUGUCCCUGUUAAAUAAGCUAUUAAAUAAAAUAAAUAUUCAGGAGUUUAUUCAGGAGUUGUUGGUACAGUGUAGUGUCAGUGAGUCAGAUUAGUCUCGGGAACUUGGUGUUAGGAAAGCAUUUUAGAGCAAAGGGUGCUUCUACAGACAGGAUAUCCUGAAAAGUAUUAUUCUACUUAUUAAUAUUGUAGGGCAAUAUGAUGAGCAGGAAGCGUGUCCCAUUAAGAAGAGAUACCUGCACUCAUCUCUUAUAUUUAAAAAUAACACACCAGUAAAACAGAUACUCAUUAUAAUGGUAUCUAUAAAUUUAGGAUAAACUUAAAUGAAAGAGAGCGUGUUAUAAACAAUAACUGGAUUACCAUUUCACAUUAGAGCUAAAAAUCAGCUGAAUAAUAGAAACUAAAGCUUAGCUGAACACAUGAUGGAUUAAAAAGACCUGUUUCUACAAUAAAACUAAUGAUCUGAUGAUAUAAUCUAAAUAUAUAUUUCUUCUUUAAGUGCUUAUACAUUUAAUGCUAUAAGUACUUUUCAUGAUGUUGCUCACAUAGUUUUACAGAAGUGCAGGCAAUUUAAUUUAAACAAAUUACUUUUAAUUACGAACUGUGAAGACUUCACUAAAAAGGGCAUUACUAAAAGUAUCUUUGUUUGAAAAAGAGAUUUGCUGCUUUUUGGUAUCUGCUAUUUUUUUAUUUGAUAUUUUUUAUUUUAUUUCAUAUAAUUUCUUUAAAAAAAAAAUCAAAAUGUGGUAAUAAAAAAAACAAUAAAACUUGAAAACAGAAAAAAAUCUAUCAGAUUUUAUAGGGCAGCAAUAGUGCCAUCUAGCUCUCAGAUUAGGAACUGCAGCCUUAAACUGCACUGCUGCAACCUGUAACAUGGAUCAUAUAAUCUGACCAGCUCUCAGCAUAGGCUAUAAACAUUGUCCAAUCACCAACUAGAUAUUUUUAUAUUUUUUCAGAAAUCAGUCAACACCAUUACAUAGCUGAUCAAUACAUCUGUCUCUGAUGACAGAUUGACAGAUACCAAAAAAAAAAAAAAAUCUGAAUAGAUUACAGGAGUAUUUAGAAUAUUACACAGCUAUUAAACCGCUUAAAUAUAAAUGUUAUAUUUUAAAUUAUUGAAAUAUUAAUUCUAUAAAAUAAGUAAUUUUUUUAUUUACAAUCCAGUUGAUCCCAAACUUCUGAAUGCUGGUGAAUCUGGAUCAGGACUUUGAGAAGUGUCUUUAGGAAUGCAGCUCUUGGCUCUUCAGGUUUAUGAAUUCGUUUAAUAGAUUAUAAUUUCAGUUCUUUGAAGAACUCGGGUAAAAGAGAGGUUAGAAAGCAGAAGCUUGUCUUGUAUUUCUCAUAAUCUGAUCAUUCUCACUCUGUACUUAAUCAAAAUAAUAUUAGCAUUAGCAUUCACACGGUUCAUUCAUGUGCUUCAGAAGUUGCUCAUUUUAAGGUUUAAAACAUGAGCUGCUCUUUUUUAAUUUUAUUUUUGUUUUUAUAUUUUGAUGUCAGCUGCCUUUUACAAAGUGUCAAUAUGUUAUAAUGAAAGACCAAUAGAAAUACUCCAAAAUACUGUUUAUAUUUUGAUAUGUGAAUACCAUUAUCAGCCAUAACAGCAAAGCCACACGUCUGAUGUUCAACAGGUCCGACUCAUUCUGCCAAAACAGCUCGGAUUUAUCAAUUAGAGAACUCUAACAGAAUGCUGUGGAUGUAUUUAUCUGUAUUAUCCUGGCACUGAGACUAGCAGCAGAUCUUCCAGUCCAGUCAGGUUUAGAUGGGCUAACCUUCACCAGUGUUCACCAGUUUUCUUUCCCACUAGGGGUGUCACGAUUCUCUAAAUCCUCAGGGUCAUGAUUCGAUUCGAUUCUUGUUUUUUUUUUUCUUGUUUUUUUACAGCAGAGAGGCCUAUGCCAGUUUUAGAUUAGUCUAUGGUCAGUCAUUGGUUUGAUUCAUCAAAUUUACAAUAUCUUAUUUCAAAAGGUGGGCUUGAUAUAAGUGAUGCAAAGUGAUACAAGUGAUCUGUAAUACACCACAUUAGGCACUAAUGAUCAAAUUUAAAUAAUUUAAUUAAGAUAUAUAUGUAAUGCCAUCUAGUGGCUUUUUUUGGUAGCAGCAGUGUGCACUAUUAAAACAGCAAUGUGCAACAUAACAAAAUAAAUAAUAAAAAAAUACAGGAACAGUCAUGUACAAAAUAAUAGAACAAUUAGAGCCUUAACAAACUGAACUCUACAGUCGGCUACAGUGUGCUGCACCGUUUGUGUAGCUUAGAGGGAGGGAUCAUCAAUCAUCUUUUUGACUUCGAGGCUCGAGACCAUGACAUAAGUUCAAUCGAUUUAGUUGAAAUAUUGAAAUCGUGACACCCCUAUUUCCCACUAGGAAUAUCUUAUAUUACACGCUAUUUCAGAGACGCUCUGAUUGUCUGGUCAUUAUAGUUGUACUUGUUGUGUUGUUUCUUCUUAAAAUCAAGGGCAUUAUCAAAAUAAUUCCCAGCUUUUGUUGGAAGAAAUGUAUUUAUUGUGGAGCAUAGCUGUGAGGAUCUGAUUGCAUCAUUCCAGAGAACACUGUUCCACUGCUCCACAGAUCAGUGCCAGGGGGUCUUUAUACCCCUGGGUUCACACUCCUGACUUUAAAGUGCCAAGAAUUCAUGUUUAUCUGCUCUACAGUGUUUAUUUAGUCCCUGUAGAAAAGUUUUGUUAAGAGAAUAAUUAAGCUGUGUGCACAUUUCUGCACAAAUUUGUCAAAUUAACUGGUGCAGCUAGUCACAGAGAGUCCACAAACAUUUGGACAUCAUACAGUGCAUCAAUCAAUGCAAUGUUAUUAAUUCACCUUUUAUGUGGCUUUAAUGUUAUGGCUGAUCUAUAUACCUUUUUUCUUUGUUGCUAAAGAAAAGGAAACUUCUUCUGUUUACAUCGACAGUUUUCUGUUGUCUGUAUUCUGGAAUAUUAUUCAUGUUCAAUGAUGUGCAUCAUUCCAUGUCGUCACUUUACACAAACCUUCUGAUCCUCCAGCACAAAUUUAUAUAAAUGUAUUUACACAAACAGCAAGUGCAGCAAAACACGGCCCAUUAUUACUUACACAGAGACAUGUUUAUAAAAGACGAGUUAAACAGGCCAUGUAAAUACUUUUAUUAGUGUUAUAUUACCACACUUUGCCCUCGCUGUCACUCUCCACCAUAAAUAUCCAUAAAAACUAAAUUAUAAUUGCUGUGUUCACUGUUUGACUGUAUCUGGGGCAGUUCAGUGAUGAAUCAGGUUUAUCUGACUUUAAAACCAUUCUUUUUAUUUGAGCACUGAAAGUGUUUCUGCACUUUGUGAAGCUUGAAUAUUAAACAUGUUCUUGGAAAGGUUUCGCGUGAUUCAGAGACGGAUCAGCUCGAGCUUCAUCACAACCAAACUCUUUUAGGAACGAUGGAUCUCACUAAUAACUGAUAACCUCAUUAUUUACAAAUAUUACUGGAAUCAAAUACCAAACAUUUAUUAAGGACCAUUUUGCUGUUAGUAUUAAGCACAUUAGUAUUUUCUACAUUAAAAUGUAUUUCUUUGCAUGUUUAGUUUGUUUUUGUUUGUUUGUUUGUUUUUGUACUUACCUCCAGGCCACUUUGGGCUUAUUAUGUUAUAUUUAAAGAAAUGUUUCAGAAGUCUAAACCGUUUGCACAGAUUUGGUUCCCCCCAUGUCUAAUAAUGUUUAUAUUUUUUAGAUUACAUAUAAAAUUUUCAAUAUGUGUAAUUACAGUUAAUAAACAAUGCUUUUGGUUCUCUA